GCAGUUUCAGUUUGUUUUAUUCACCAUUUUGAGUCGCUGAAGCUAAAAAAUUAAAUUAAAUUCAGCGCAAAUCCUCCAGGGCCACGGAGACGUUUUGCUCUUUUAGUUUCGCGAGCGGGAGAGAGGGGGGUCGUGCUUUCUCCACGGCGACGUCGCGUCGAGCCCCUCCGUUCGCUGGAAAACCAUUUUUUUUUUUUUUUUUUUUUGCUUUUUAUUUUCUUGGUUAUUUUUGCUCGUUUAGCCGCCGUUUUAGCGCCCAGCAGCGUUCCUGCACACACGCAGAAGGAUGUCAAGACCAGUGAGGAACCGGAAGGUGGUGAAUUAUUCGCAGUUCAAUGAAUCUGAUGAUGCAGAGGAGUACGAGAGAGACUCCGAAAAGCCCAAAAAGGUGCGCGCAUCCCGUGAAAUCAAGCACAAGAAGUCCAAGAACUCGAAGGAGGAGAGUGACGAGUCCGACGACAAACUCUCCAAAUCCAAAAAUGAUUCAGCAGAUGAUUUUGGUAGUGAUGAAGACAAUGACUUUGGAGAAGAGGAGGAGGAAGAAGGUGGAGGAAGUGAUUACGAGGCUAAAAAGGGUAAAAAGGGGAAGAAGGGCAAAGUGGAGAAGCCUGGCAAAAGGUCACUAAAGAGAAAACGAGAUUCUGACGAUAGUGACGAGGACAAAGGGGUGAGCAGGAAGCCGAGGCAGGUGAGGCAAGCCGCCUCUAAGGCCGCAUCCAAACAAAGAGAGAUCCUGCUGGGAGGUGGGGGAAGUGAGGAUGAGGAUAAAGACGAAGAAGAGCAGGCCUUCAUGGACCAAGAAUCUGGCAGCGAUGAAGACUUCAUGGUGGAUGAUGACGAUGACAGCGAUUAUGGCCGUUCCAAAAAGAAGGGCAAGAAAGUGGCCCCGAGAGGGCGGAAAGUAGAGAAGAAGGAGAAGAAAUCUCCCAAGCCCAGGCUAAAGGCUACAGUCACCCCCAGUCCCAUGAAGGGCAAGGGAAAGGGUCGCCCCAGCGCGGCUAAAGCCCUGGAGAAGUCCUCACCCAAAGAGGAAGAGGAGCCCGAGAGCCCCGUGGAGGACGAAGAGGAAGACGAGGUGGAGAAGAAGGACUCCCCGCCCCCAGCCAAGAAGAAGGUGGACGCCCCCGAAGACGAGGAAGACGACGAAGAGGAGGACGGUUCGGAAGAAGACGCUCCGUCUGGGGAAGACUAGCCAGGUUCUAAAUGGCAGCCCCACAUCUCUCCUUUCGCUUUCUCUCGUUAUCUCCCCCACUUUCUUUCUCUGUUGCUUUAUUUCUCCUCCGAGGGUUUUGUUUUUCCGCGUCUGUGGUGACCUGGCUCAAUGGUUUGAACUUUUGAAUUGUGUAAUUUUUUUUUUUGUUUUGUUUUGUUUGGGUUUUUUUUUUUUUUUUUAAACCUAUAAUUUCCAUAUCAGCUGCAUUGUCCCAGGACACAUUAGACCCUUAUGACAUGUAUGUGUGCUAGAGAAUGUGACGGAAUUGGUUUUAUCUCUCCGUGUAAAACCGAGGAUCCCCCGUGUUUUAGCUCAUCCACUGAAAAUGGGUUGCUGCUCUAGAUGGUUCGUGUUCUGAUUCUUACAGUUUUCUACUACAGUCCCUAUUCGCUCCCCCGUUUUACUAGCUCAGAUUUCUUGAAGUCUAUUGUGAAUUUCUGUAUCCGCAGGAUGAUGCACAGGAUAUUAACGUUUUCUUUGCUCUGCCCAUUAAGUUGAGUAUGUUAGCAGGUGAAACAGUGUAACGUGCAGUAGGAAAGCCAGGAUUAGGGAGCGCUGGUGGCUCAUUUUUGCUUUAAAGUGAACACCAGUAGACUAAAGUUUGAUACAUACACUAUUUUAGAUGUAUUUCGUCUUUUUUUUUUUUUUUUUGAUCUGCAUGAUCAUUGGCGGCAUUUCUUUGAUCAGUGACCGACCGGGGACCCGGACAAAGAAACUCGUGUUUUGGCUUUUUUUUUUUUUUUUUUUUUUUUUUUUUGAAUUUUUACUCCGUGCCCCCCAGAGGGCUCCAAAUCCAGACUCCGAAUCCAGCUUCCCGUCCUGUGUUUUGUAGCAACUGUUGAUGUAACUAAUUGGCCACCUAGUGCUCACCUACCAGUCAUUACAAAUUCCAGCACCGGAACCUGGAUUCAGGAUUCAGAUUUGAGCCCCAUUCGCUUUCCAGUGGCUUCCAGUGUUUUGGAAUCGGAUCACAUCUGCCUCACAGAUGGGGUUUCUGUUCUCGAGUUGAGGUCGCUUUUGGCAAGGUACCAUCACUUUAGCCAUCAUCUCAACGGUUUUCAUUUUCUCCUUUUUUACGAAAACGUUUUUUUUUUUUUUCUCUAAGUAGUUUGAACUGUGCUGUAGUAAGGUUGCUAUUUUAAGUGAAAAUGUUCAAUGGAUUGCUCUGUUUUGUGUUUUUUGUUUUUGUUUCCUACCCCCCGACCCCCCCACCCCCACCCCACAUUGUUCUUUCCACCCACCAAAACAUCUCAUGUUGGGACUGCAGUAUAAAGUCCCGACGUGCAUAGCAUGAGUGUAUCUGUGUAUGUGUGUGUUGGGAUGGAGCCUUAAGCAGUGUAACUGUAUGGUAAGUGUUCAUAUGAAGGUUUUUGUGCGCCAUGUUUGCCUUGUAACGCCUGGUUUUUGCAUAUUACUGUGCUGAAUGGAGCCCCUGCGAGCGUCCUGGUUGCAGCUAGAGAUGGUAAAUGUUAAAUGAUGGGGAAAAACUCAAACGCAUUAAGGAAUAGUUUGGUCAAAAAUAAUGUACAUAAUUUGCCACGUAUUAGAUCAGAUCAGGCAAAACCUGUUUGGUGUCUUUCUAAGUGUUUGUUUUUUUGCUUUAGAGCUGGAGUUGUGAGGAUAACCUUGCAAACAAACACGAGAACUCAGGACUCGCCAACUUGACCCAAAGGGUUUCCAUAAAAAUACCUCAGCCCACAUUCUGGCCGGUGUUGUCCCAAGUCUGUGCAGCCUUACUGAAAACCAGAAUGUGGGAUAAAAUACAUUUUAGUUGAUGUAUUUUUAUGGAAAUGAUUUGGGCUAUUUGGGUGACUACUGAGUUCUAGUGUUUGUUAGCGGUGUUAGCCUCCACUCAUCUGGGUUACAUGGGGAAAUUUUUUUGGUUUUUUGCCAGAUUGUUGAUUUAAAAGACCUUAAUUGACAUUUUACAUGCUUAGAACAGGACAAAAUGCCCAUCAUGAACAAAUCCAUCUGACUGAAAUGACGUGGAGCUUCGAUGACUUCUUAUUGAUCAUGUACCCGUCAGCGGUUCUACUAGUUUCAGCCAUAAACUGAGGCUCGAUUUUUCCCCUGUUGAGAUGGAUGUGAGCGGAUAGAGUUCCUAACUUCGUCCUCUCUUCAUUUUUUUGGCGUGUUUAGCUCCUGGAUAUUUCCAUUAGCUGCUUUGUCCAGCUUCAGUGGGUGCUUUAGGACGCCUACAUGUUUGUACGAGGGGCUUCCUGAUUUCACUGAAGUUCACUGGGCGCACAGGGCUCUGCUUUUUCAUACGCAUGAACACCUAAGGCAAAACUAGCAUCCUGACAUGGUUCAGUCUUUUGUGCCAGGCAUCGUGGAGUCGCCCCCACCCCCCCACCACCCUCACCCCCCCUGUUUGUUGUCUCAAUUGGUUUUGAAGCCACAAAUGGUUUUUAAAAAAAAAAACAAAAAACU